UUCAAAAUGUAUUAAACUAUUUGCUCUAUAAUUAUCUAAUUUAUAACAUAAUGCCCUUUUCCCUUUAUAUUUUAUACAGGUCCCUGAGAAAAGAAUGCCUUCUUAGAAGCCAUUACAUAAUACUUCAAAGUCUCACAAUCCCAAAUAUCCUUCAGUGCAGUCAUGUUACAUGUGUCUCCAUUAAGCAACAAGGCUUCCCCUAGUACCUCUCUUCUAUCCUUGCUUAGUCCAGUGGAACAGUCAGAUUCAGAAGGUCCAGAGAACCAAAAACAGUGUACCAUGGUGUCCUCCCUUCCCUUGCCCUGUUGGGCCACCCAGGCCCUCUGUGAUUUAGCAGUUAGUGAGACAGAACUCAGGCGGCUUCGGGAACGGCAGGCAGUUGAGGCUGAGAUAGUGGGCAGAGGAGUGGAACGUGCUCUGCUGGGAGCACAAAGAGAGGAACGUCGCCUGCUGGAGAGAGUGGAGCAGGAUCAUCGGGAUUUACAGCGCAGACUGGAGCAGAUGCAAAGGGACAAUGCAGCAGCUGUCCGAGUUGGACAAGCACUUAUAGAUCAGCGCCUGCGUAAAAUCUGUCAGUUAAGAGAUCAAAUUAAAAAUACUAAUGAAAAAAAUGCAAAUGGAGACAAAGUUGGGGGUGAAGUAGACCAAAAGUAUGAUUUGCUUCUUAAGAGUGUUGCAGAGCUUCUUCAGCCAUGGGAAAUUUCACUUGCUCUAAAACGUGUGUCAUUCAAACCCAGUGCCCAACCAAAAGCUGUCACCUUUGGUGAUAUUACGGUGCAGGACCAUGCUGUUAAUCUCCCUGUUGGUGCCUGUGGAUUAAAGGGACAGCUGUGUUCCCUCCAUGCCUCUGGGGGGCAAUGUGAUAGAUGGACAGAACCUGGGAAAGGAGGUAGGAGCAUGCCUGAUGGAGCAGGGCCUGGACAUAGCCAAGUUCUAAUUUCAUCAAAUAGUUGUGGAAACCAGAGAGCUAUCCGAAAAAUCAAACUUUCAGCCCAAAGUGAUGAAGAAUCUGGUGAAGAUGUGAAACCACUGUCACCACAUAUGGGCCACUGGCACCCAAAGCUGGUCCCCAGUGAGCGUGAAUCAUUGCAGGAAGAAGAGUGUGAAUCACCCACAUCUGAAUUCAAAGGAGAUGAGCUUUUCAUGGCUGUACCAGCAUUGCUUAGCAACAUGGAGUUAGAAGAAGAAUUUAUGUGUCAGCAAAACGGAUCAAUUCAAUCUCUUGCUUCAGAAGCAGCAAGGAAGCAGCUGGAAUCUCUAUCCUCAGAAAGAGAACAUCAGCCACAGAAAGGUCCAUUCUUAUGCAAUCAUUGUGAAGACCCAAAGACAGACAGGAGGGAACAAAAUUCCUUCAAGGGAACAUCUCGAAUUAGCUCAAUGCCAUCCGCCAGAAGUCAGAGAGAUAUUAACUCUAGCCACCAAUGCCAGGAUUUGCCGUCACAUGACCGUUCAUUGUCUCACCUUACUACAUCCUUUGAUGACCAUGGAUACAAUCGUACUCCUUCUCCUGCUGAGAGUGUUGAUUCUGGAUACACUUUCAUUGUCAGCUCUUCUAAAAACUAUACCACUCCAAAUCACAGACUCUCUAGAUCCAGUAGUGAGCUUUCUCGUCCACUCAUCAAUGGAAAAGAUCAAUCAAGCAAGUGGAAGGUCAGUAGGCACCGGCAGACAUCAGCAUCACAGGCUAAAUCUGGCCCUAGUCAUGGAAACUAUUCACAAAAAGAACACCCACAACAUAAAGGAUGGUCUUGGGGAGUUUCACGUUCACUGUCUAUGUCAGUCAUUGAUGGGUCCUCCCAAGAUAGACUAAACCAGCAUGUAAGCACUGGGUCUAAGCGCAUGGAUGGGGUUAGGAUCUGGGGAGAAAGAAGUAAACCAACCCUUAUGGAAUUUGAAGAGGAUGCACAGAGAUUGUCAGCAGUGGAAAUGUGUCUUGUUCGACGAUUUGGUAAACAGGGCUCAGGACGUGCAGACCUUACUCUGCCAAGUGGUGUCCAUGCUACACCUCAGGGUCAGCUUUUCUUGGUGGAUUGUGGGAAUGCUCGUGUUCAGGUAUUUGAUCAGUAUGGCAAUGUUUUUCAGCAAGUGACUUCCCCAAAUAAUGACCCUAGAGGCUCAUCAGGAUCCUGCCGCAAUUACUUUGAUGUAGCUGUUAAUUCUAAAGGUCUCAUUGCUCUUAGCUGUGCAGCUGAACGAGCCCUGCUAAUUUUUAAUCGACAUGGACGGCUCCUGCAAACCUUUGGAGGGGGACCUUAUAUUGCAGGGGUCCCACGAGAUGAGCUGGAAGCACCCAGGGGAGUGACAGUGACUCAGAAGGAUGAGUUCCUUGUUGCAGAUAUUCGUAAAGGCACAUUAAGUUCCCUGAGACUUGAGCCAAAAACUGGAUCAAGACUAGAGCGAACUGUAGUGACUGGAUUCCACAGACCUUACCUAGUGAACGCGUGCCUACACACAGGUCUUGUGGCAGUGUCUGAGCGAGGCAGUGAGGCAGGUCGAGAGCCAUGUGUGAAGGUUCUGGGACCUGACUGGAAUAUUCUACGCAUCCUUGGAGUUUGUUCUAGCAUGGGACCUGUCCUUACCAGCCCGUGGGGACUUUGCAUUGACAGCAAUGGAGCAGUGCUAGUAGCAGAUUGGGCAGAGCAGCAUCGUGUAGUGCUAUACCCACCUGAAGGUUUAGGUAGAACAAUGGUUACUGAGGGACUAAGUAGUCCCCGAGGGCUUGCCUUGCUACCCAAUGGGUUCUUAGUGGUGUCAGACAGCAUGCACCACUGCAUCAAGAUAUACCAAUACAAAUAAAUAAGUUCUUCAAAUCAAAUAAAAGGCCCUGGCUGCUAAGUUUAUUAUGUUUUAAAUAAUUCUGACUGAACUUUAACUGCAUAUGUUAUCAUUUUUCUUCAUAGUGUUACAUUGGGAAAUCAUAUAGCAAACAGGGGGUUAUGCAGUCUAAAUACUGCUUUAAACACCAUUGCUCCCCCCCAAUCCCCCCCCCCCACACACACACAUGCAUGUAGUGUUGCAUGAACUGAAAUCACACAAUUGAAUGUUCUAUACACUGUAAACUUGUGUAAUCCAUUUAAAAUCCUAUUCUACAAAGUUGUCAUAAUUUGCCAGCUGUAAUUGCAUAGCAUAGUGUUUGUAUGGUAACAAUACUCAUGUAACAUUACAGCUGACUCACUUUAUCUGUUUCCAUCCCCACUAUGUCACUGACACUGUUGUACAAACUGAUUACAAGUUCAUAUAUGUAGUGCAUAAGUGUAACACCUUUCCAUAAACGUGCUAUUUUAGCUAAAUUUUAGAUUCAAAUCAAAGUUACCCUUUUCAAUUUAAAGUUAAAAUUGUUUCAACUGUAUUUUAUUAUAUGUUCAUUUUUCUUCUUUUAUGCAUGAUUAUUGUAUUCAUAUUAAAUGAUACAUGUCAAACAAA